AUGGAAUUGUUUCGAAACUUCUUAUUGUAAGCUUUUUUUAAAAGUUGUUUGAUCUCUUUUAAAGAUGUGCAAGCUGUUUUAAAGUUGUAAGGCUACUGUAGUUUUAUAAUUAAAUGAUCUGACAACUAAAAUUUAAACUUUUCUAUAAAAACAUUAAAAAAUGACGGGAUGUUCAUCUACUAGGGUAUUUAAAUAACAGUAAUUACGUAUUGACGAUAGCGCGCAAAUUUUUAAAAAUUGCUUUAAGAAGAGAUUUUAGUCUUAUUGUACUAUAUACGUCUGUUCAUCUACAGUAACAUUGCUGUCUUGUAGAUUACAGAAUUUUUAUUUUUUUACUUUACCAUUACCGUAAUCUCACUUUCAGACAUAACAAAACACGCAAAUCAGACAAGAGUUUUUGUCGCAAGUCCACGCACCAACGUUCUCAACCAACGCACACUGUAUCAGACUUAAUGUGGACAAAACGCGCGUUUGCGGCGCUUGCCGUGCUUACAGCAUGUGUAAUAUCAGUACCCACAAGUUCAAAUCACGCCCGAAAUCACAUCGGUGCCACGCCGGAACGACCGAACAUCGUUGUGCUGAUGGUGGACGAUUUAGGAUACGGUGAUUUGAACGGGUACGGUAACCCAACACAGGAAUGGACGCCGGUAGAUGACAUGAUCAGCGAGGGUACGAGGUUCACGAAUGUGUACUCGGCUGAUUCAAUGUGCUCGCCUUCUCGUGCCGGUUUCAUGACAGGUGAGUUGAUGAGAUUUUUAAAAAAUCCUAAAUUUUCGAAAAUUAGUUUCUUAACUGCUAUAGGUUAAUAAUAACUUUUUAUACUCUAUUGUAGCAUAACAAAUCUGAUUUUAGGCCGUCUGCCAAUCAGACUCGGCGUAACUGGCGGAGCUCGAGUUUUUGUAGCUGCUGAUUCUGGUGGUUUACCAAAGCACGAACCUACAAUGGCUGAGAUGCUCAAAAAUGCAGGUAUGUUUACUUUUUUCAACAGUGUGUUACCUAAACUAUAAAAACUUUUAAAGUUGUUUGUUACCUAAAACAUUAAAAUAUAAUUUUCUUAUCACUUUUGCUAGUAGUUUCCAAUAAUUUUUUUUAAUUUUAAGAUUUUUUAAAACUUUUUGCAUAAUUAAUACGAGCUAAAAGUGCGUAAGACAUGGUUGGCAUUAAAUUGUCAUACGCAUUAAACAUGACAUUAAACAUUAAUGUAUAGUAUAAUAUUUUAUUCCAGCACGCAGAUUUUAAUAAAUUAGGUAAUUUAUAAAUAACUUGACAUUAUCCUUGACAUUAGACAAUUACUGCGCUUGAAUUUGAUAUUAAAUGUUUUGGUUUAGUUAGAGGGUUAGGCUUCUCGCACUAAAAGUAGAGCAAAAAUACCGAUAUGCAUUAUAUAUUAUAAUAUUGUCCUAUUUCUAGGCUAUCACACCGGUAUGAUCGGAAAAUGGCACUUGGGCAUCAACAAACACAACCGAACAGAUGGAGCAUACCUACCAUCGAAACGUGGCUUCGACUAUGUCGGUAUCAACCUCCCAUUCACCAACGUAUACGAAUGUGAUGAAAGUGGAGAUUUUGUACCAAAUGGACCAGAACCAGCCAAGUGUUUCCUAUACUAUAAAGACGAAAUUGUUCAGCAACCAAUUCGCUUCGAGAAUUUGACAGAAGAUCUGGUCAACGACUGGAGAAUGUUCUUGGAAGAGUGGGAGAUGACCAAGAAGGCCGAACACCCCUUCUUCUUCUACUUCUCAUUCCCUCACGUUCACUCAGCACAGUUUGCCAACAGGAUAUUCAGAGGACGGUCGAGGAGAGGUAAGAGUACUAUAUAAUAGCAUAAUUCUUUAUUUUUUAAAACUCCACUUAGAACUUAAAAAUGAGUUUAAAUUUCAUAAAAACAACGCAAAAUGCUUUUUUGGUUCUUUUAUAUUCAUAAGCAAUGACUUUUUGACCUUUUUCUUUUUAUUUCGAACUUGUACUUGACGUCCACUUUUUAGGUCUGUUCGGAGACAACGUAAACGAAAUGGCGUGGGCAGUGGGCGAAGUAAUCAGUGACUUGAAAGCACGUGGAAUCGACCGUGAAACACUUGUCGUAUUCAUGUCCGACCACGGCCCGCACCAAGAACUGUGCAAUAACGGUGGAAGCACGGCCGGCUUGAAAGGCGGCAAGUCCAACUCGUUCGAAGGCGGCUUCAGAAUCCCGUUCGUAACAUGGAUGCCAGGUACCGUGAGUGCAGGCCACGUAUCACAUGAGGUUUUGUGGAGUUUGGACCUGUUCCCGACCUUCAAAAAGCUAGCCGAACUAGGCGAGAGCAAUACGGAAGUGAACGGGCAAUUGGACGGAACUGACGUUUGGUACGAGCUAAGGGGCUCGCCCGUCGACCCACACACCAAAAAACAGAAACGCAAGGAUUUGGCCAAGAAACGGCCCAUCUUCUUCUACUGUAACACCCAUCUGAUGGCGAUACGAUAUGGUGAAUACAAAGUGCACUACAUGACCUCACCCAUCUUCCGAAACUACACGACUAAUGCCAACUUGAAGGAGAAUUGCCCGGGAGGAAAGCCGGUUGAUGACUGGUAAGAUUUUAAAGACUUUGUAAAAUGCCUUUUAAUUUUGAUAUUUUUGGUCUUUAUCUUAAUAAGAAAAAAGUUGAGAGCAUAUUGAGGACAAAUAUGACAUAUAAAAUUACUUUGAGGAAAAACGUGGAAAACAAUUAUGCCACCAUUUAUAUACGUAAAAUGAAAGUUAAGAAUAGGCUUUUUGGAAAAUGACAGAUUUUUGUCAAUAUUGACAUUUGCUAUAAUAUAGGCGAGAUGACGUUUUUUAUGUAAACUAUGCCAAUUUUCUCAAAUUACAUAGACAAAGCUUUUUUGCAAAAGUCUUGACAAUAAGACAACCUGGGUUACCGUAGACUCAUGGAAACUUUAUAAAGCCACGUACUAUAAUUUGCAAGUGCAUUGAAUAAACGCUUAAUUUAGUCCGCCUCCAUCUUUUGGCCUAUUUUUAGGUCUAGUUAUAAACGGCUUUAAAUAUGAUCUAUUGAGCUGGAAAGUUUACGGUAGGAUGUACUGUGGGAGGAGGGGGUAGGGUUAUACUCUCGAUAUAGUUACGGUCUGGUACUAGGGUACAAGUUAUUAGUGUUAUAUCAUGAUGUAAAAGAAUAAGCAAAUAAAAGUGAUCAAAAUUUUAUCAAUAUACGACCCUUUACUUACUCUUUCAAUUUGCAGGUACAUAUCCCAAACGUGCCCUGAGGACCAACUGGAAAAGCACGAUCCUCCACUUGUGUACGAUCUGUCACGUGAUCCCUUCGAAAUGUACGAACUACCAGGCAAUCAAGUACCACCAACCCUAUUAGAGACUGUUGACGUAAUCAGAGAACAACACAAAGCGACAAUAGAAGAUGUACCUCAACAAUUGGGUGACUGGCAAAAACAUCUAGUACCGUGCUGCAACUACCCUACUUGUAAAUGCGACUACUUCAACGAGGAUAUGGAGUUGGUACGGAGGAGGAUAAACCACUUGUAUACCCCACUUAGACUAGUUAACUCCAGCUCGUACGAUUACUAA